CGUUUCUAAAGCUGUUGUGUUGUGCAACAAAAUGGCCGAACAGGUUUGUUGUUGUUGUGUCAUGUGUGAUUGAAGAGCAGCAGAUUCUCAGACAGUGUAAGAUUUCUUCCAACCGGUUGAACAAGAAGUUUUCGUCUCUGAGAAAGCCUUUGACAGAAGAAGAACGUAUUGAAAUCAUUCUCAGGCUGGAUCAGGAAGCUGUCGCAAGGUUGCGAUGGACCUUAACAGGAAACAUAGCAAACGCAUCACACACGACAUUGUUGCCAAAUUUUCAAACAAAUUCAAAACGACUGGAAGGGUUGCAGACCAACCGAGAAGUGGACGUCCACAAACAUCCACUGACGAAGGCACAACUGACAUGGUGCUGGCGAACACAGUCCCCUAUGUAUGGAGACUUUAGGACACCCUGUGUACAGUAUUACAAUAUACUUUACACCACUAGGAGUCAGUAUAGAGAUUUAAGGACAUUGUUCUAUCAUAAAAGAAGACAAUCUUCUUCCACAGUAAGCCUUUACUGGUAAAGAGCCAUUGUCAAAGAAAAAGAUGGGAAAUAAAGUGUGAAAUUCCUAGGACUUCAUCGAUUAGCUAAAGGUCUGAAAGUGAAUCUACUCACUCAGGUGAGAAAUUCAGAUUUUAGACCACUCUUUCGCAAACCAAGAAAUUCAAUUCCAGUUCGAAAUUCAAUUUCAAAUGAUAUGAUACACAUUUAAAGUAAUAACAAAUUCAGAUUUUUGCAUUUAAUGGCGUGAUUCUAACUCCAUAAACCUGAAGCCUGCUUCCGAGGCCUGUAGUGCAACAGCACUCCUGUUCCUGUGUAUUCAACAUCUCACAGUCAUCUGUUUUCACUAAAGCCAGGCCAAAAUAAUCCUGUAAAAAGGUGUUGAAGGCUGUAAUAACACGGCCCGAAACGCUGGGAUAACAGUGACUGGCUGUGUGUCGCUGACUGGCAUGUUAUUGAAUGUUGUUGAGUGUUCCUGGGUAUGUUGCGUAUGUCACUAUUAGAUACUUUUCUCCAAAAUCCUCAGCCAACAUUAAGAUAAACCCCACCAAAGCCUCCAGGCCUGGGCGAGAAGCACGAUUUCCUCUGGCUGCUGAAGCCCCAGAACACGGGGACCUUUGUAAAUACCUCUUAAACCUCCCAGACUGUAAAUCCAGGAGCCAGCGCAGAGAUUCCAGCCUGUGAUUUUUGGCCCCGGCUCUCGGCUUUUACUGGGGAAAGCUGAAUGGAGGACUGCUCGAACUGGAACAGCCGCACAAUGGGCGCUUUGUACCGGCAUGAGCUUCUUAGUAAUGGCCCAGAGCCUCUCUGGAAAGGCUAAAUGGUUGUCUAGUUGUGGAAAAUGUGUCACGGUGAAAUGUGCCUUGCUGCAGAUCUGCCUCUGGACUGCCUUUUUCAGCAGCAAAGAAAUAAAGAAGCUCGUGAAUUUGAUUUCAAACAACAAUUAUUAAAGCAACCUAAAGACAUAAGUUUUGUACAAGUUUUAACAUGUCUAAGACGUAGAGCAGUAAAUGUUCAGAUCUGUUGCCAGAUCUACAUUAAAAAACCUUUAAUGGUUGAUAAAAUGAACCAAAACUACAAUAAAUUAUAAAAAUAAAUAAUGUCAAAAUUAUCACCAUAUAAACUAUGCAGUAAGAAAAAUGAACUACUAAAAUAAAAUCCAGGUAACAUCUCAAAAGAAAAUACAACCAAAAUCAAUAUAACUUUUUUAAAUUAAAGUUAUGACUUUGAAAAUAUUAAAAAUAAACAGAAAUGAAUUGUACAACUAUUGACUAAUGACUGUUAGUCCCAGACCAUAAAGUUUCGAUUUAUUCUAUAUUUUAUUCCACUGAUGAGGGGUAAAAAUAGAAAAAGCUAAACAUCCCAUGUUAGUUCUUUAUGAGUCUGUACCAUCAUUCAAUUUUUUAAGUGGCCACUGUAUUAAUUAUUUCUGUAAUUCAAAAAUGAGGAUAAAAACAUUAUGAAUAAUCCUAUUAUAGUUAUAAAAAAACAGGAAGUGACUUUGCCUAUGGAUAGAUAGUGAAGGACAACCCAGUUUCCUAUAAAAUAAAAGACUGUAAUAUUUAAAAGUCACAAAAUACAAAGCAUUUGAAAUAAAACAGUAUUCAGAAACACAGAUACUAUCAAUAUUAUUUUAUAAUAUUAUAGAUGCUGGUAUUAAUAACAAUUAACCCAGUGCAUGCAUGCAAAAAAAAAAUAAAAAAUCAACAGCAUGUAGAAAGUAAUCCAAUUCUGCAGAGGAACAAUGAACCUGGCAACUUGCCCUUUGUGUGUAUGUGCUGAAGCAGUUGUCUUUCAUCAGUUAGCGUGUCACUGCCAUCUACAGAUCAACAAUGAAAAGUUCAUGUUAAACCAAGCACAGUCUGUUCUUUCUUCUUUUAUUCUAAUGAGAAAACACUGUAAACACAGCACAGAUAUAAAAGCUUUAGCAUAAAUGUUAACUUUUUUUUUUUUUUUACUGAAGUAUGUGACUAUUAUCCAUUAUAUAUAAUUACAUACAGUAUAUGUACAUAUAAAGCAUCUUAGAAGGCACAACACAUCAAAGCUACAUAGGUAGAAGACCACACCAGGGUCCACAGCUCUCUGCCAAGAACAGGACUCUGAGGCUACAAUGGGCACAGGCUCACAGAAUCCAGACUGUUGAAGAUUGAAAAACAUCGCCUGGUCAUUUUUUUCCAGUCAACUUAUGAUCCUGUGCCCACUGUGGCCUCAGCUUCCUGUUCUUGUCUGACCAGAAUUUAAACUGAUGUGGUCUUCUGCUGUUGUAGCUCAGCGUCUGUUGUUGUCCACCUCAGUGUUUGAUGUGUUGUGCAUGUUGAGAUACUUUUCUGCUCAUCACAGUUGUAAAGAGUGUUUUUUUUUUUACUUAUCGUUGCCUUCCUGUUACUUCCAACCAGUCUGGCCAUUCUCCUCCGACCUCUCUCAUCAACAAGGCAUUUCCUGCUGCAGAUCAGCCCCUCACUGGAUGAUUUUUAUUUUUUGUAAUGUACUGUGUAAACUCUAGAGACUGUUGUGUGUGAAAAUCCCAGGAGAUUUCUGAAACACUCAAACAAGCCCAUCUGGCACCAACAACCACACCACGGUUAAAGUCACUGAGAUCACAUUUUUUUUCUCCCUUACAAUGUUAGAUGUCAACAUUAACUGAACAUUAGAUGAUUGGAUAUUUGCAUGAAUAUAUGUAACCGGUUAAACUGGUAAGUAUAUAAAAGUGUCGAAAUUACCCUUUAAAUUAACUAUAUGCCUAAAUGAAUGUUGAAGGAAAAUGCAUUUGUGUGUGUGUUAAAGGUAUAGAUUUUGGUUUAGAAACAGCCAGUCUUUAUUAAAACAUUGAUUUUUGCACUAGUAAAAGUUGAUCUGUCUCCUUUGGGUAUUUGUACAGAAACCCUAAGAGGCCAUACGUUAUUAAUUUUUUUUUCUUUCUUGUUUCCUCAUGAUCUCGACUUAAUUUUUUUGUGACCUCGACAUAACGACAGUUGUUUUCUCGUGAUCAUGAUUAAAUUUUUCUGUGUUCUUGACAUAACAGCUUGUUGUUUUUAUUGUUCUGGAGGCAGCAAGAGCUUAGCGCAAUCCCGCAGCAUCAUGGAAUAACAAAUUCGUUUUUACUUUGAUCGGGGAUUCACUGAAGCUGAACUAGCUUUAUGUCUGUCACUGACUGACAACUUUUACAUUAGUGUCUGACACUUGAGAAGGAGGCUGUCAGGUCUACACCCCUCUCUCUUAAUGCGGAGAUAAAGUCUAUCUCUACAGUGGGCAAUUAUUAAAUUUAUGAUGGUGAUGGCGAAGACGCCUAUAUGCAUGCAACAAAUCCCAUUCACAAGGCGCAAGAUUUUCUUGUGAUAGAAUUACGUUGUGAGAAAACAGCUUUUUGUUAUGUCAAGAUCACGAGAAAGCAACUGCUUCUUAUGUCGAGAUUAAGAAAAAAUGAAGUGGAGGUCAUGAGAAAACAGUUUGGUUUGUCAAGAUCACAAGAAAACUGUUUGUUAUGUUGAGAUCACGAGAAAAUUAAGUCAUGAUCACAAGAAAACAAGAAAGAAAAAAAAAUGCAUGGCCUCUUAGGGCUUCUGUACAUUCGGAUCGCCGCAUCUGUAUGUAAACCUUUUGGAAAAUGUUUGUACAGUGUGUAUUUGAAUCUCAUUCACCAUAAAGAAACAGAAGAGAUGACACACAAUUGAGAGUUUGUUAUUUAAUUAUCUCCCUUUGCAGGGUCACUACAUAUACCAGUGUUCCUAAUAAAGUGGCACAUAUGCACAAACGUGCAAAGAAUUUGCUUCCUGAGUAAAAAGACAGAAAGGAAAUUUCCUUUUGCAUUACUGUUUUUUAUGCACUUGUGUACACUUGCUGAGUUGUGUGACAGUUACUGUUAACAUUCACAUAUUAGUGUUAACACUGACCUCCAAUCUGGGGUGUACCCACAUACAUUAAUAUAAUAAUUGAAAAAAUCCAGAGUAAAAAUUAAAGUUAAAAUUUUACAAAAUUAGGUUUUUCUAAUAAUAUCUUAGCAUACACUAUUUGUCCAUGUUUGCUUCUUAUUAUAAUGGUGGAACAUCUGUAAAAUGCAACACACUAAAUAUCUUCUUGCUAUAAAUAACUGUUUUUUUUUUUUAAAUCUUCAUUUUGUCCUAAAGAUGUGCUAACUUUCUGCUAACUGUAGAGUGCGUGUUAAUGAAUAAACUGGCACUUCGUCCCACUGUACAGCAGAAGUGGUAUAAAUAUAGUUAAAGCUGCAGUAAAUUAAAUUUUAUGCUUUUAGGAGCUGAUUUCUGUUACUAUUAAGCCAAAUGUGCAAUAUUAUGCAUAAAAACAUUCCAUGCAACAAGCUGUGUGUUAAUAGUCGUGAACUUGGAAGGUCAUUUGGAGGAGAUCCGGCACUGGUGUGAUUGUGCAAGACUCAAGAUAACAUUGACACUGUGCUAUAAGACGGAAAGACGUGUUUGGACUGCUGAUUGUCUCGCCCCGACGCAGCCAUGGACAUAGGAACUGCAAUUCUGAUUAUUGGUUUUGCUGCUCUGGUUGCAGCUUUUUGCUUAUUGGUAAUCGGAUUGGUGUUUUCUGAGGUAAUGAACUCAGAAAUUCCUCCUGGAGUUAGUAAUCAUGGAAAACUUCACUUUGUGCACUGCUGGAUGGUGGGGAUAGCAGUUGGGGGUCGAAUCCUGGAGCGCCUGGGUUUGUGUCAUCAGGUACGUUUUACCCGAUGGUGUACGGAUUGCAUAGCUGGCCGUAAACGUCCCCCUCCUGCUGGUCUUCGCAUUAAAGACUCGACCUUUGCUGGAGUGCCAGUGAGGAUCUACGAGCCCACUGCUGUUUCAGAGCACAAAAGACGAGGACUCGUGUAUUUUCAUGGAGGAGGAUGGGUCAUUGGUAGCAUCGACUUAUACGAUGAAGUUUGCCGGCACAUUGCAAAAGAGAGCGAUACUGUAGUCGUGUCUGUUGGUUACAGACUCGCUCCUGAGCACCGGUAUCCUGCCGCAUUAGAUGAUUGCGAGCUCGCUACGCAUCAUUUCCUGUCUGUGGCGGCUGAGUUCAAUGUGGACUCGCUCCGUGUGGCACUGGGAGGAGACAGUGCAGGCGGUAAUCUGGCAGCCGCUCUCAGCCAGAGGCUGGCCACGAGCCCGGACAGGCAUCUGCCGUCACCCUGUGCCCUCGUCCUCAUCUACCCGGCUCUGCAGAUGGCCGACUUUAACCUGCCCUCUUAUCGGCAAAACCACGCUGUGCCUGUAUUGUUCCGUGCCCGCAUGGUCUUCUACUACCUCCAGUACCUAAAUGGUGACAUGUCUGUGUGCCAGGAUGUGAUUGAGGGCAGACAUGUUCCUGCCGAGCUAAAACUGCACUACAGCAAGUGGCUCGACCCCUCGAACCUCCCACCUGAAUUCCAAGAUGGCACCCAAAAGCAGGUGGCGACGGCCCACGAUGGUGAGGUGUAUCACAUAGUUAAAGGCGGUCUCGAGCCAGGGAUUUCACCUUUGCUGGCUGAGGACGAAGUGCUCCGCCUCACACCACCCACUUUUAUCCUCACCUGCCAGUACGAUGUGCUGAGGGAUGAUGGGAUUCUGUUCAGGAAGAGGCUGCAGGAUCUUGGAGUCAAGGUCACAUGGUAUAACAUCCCUGAUGGCUUCCAUGGCAUUAUCGGCUUUUUUGCCAAGGGCUGGCUGAACUUCCCUGCUGGAGUGAGGGUCAUGGAGCAUGUUGUCAACUACGUAAAGACGCUCUGAGGCCUGGAAGUUCAAAGUCCAAGUUGUUGUCAAUAACUGUUUAUACAAAACCAUGCAUUUUUGUUGAAUUUUUCAGUCAAAGGUCAUAGCCAGUUUGGUCAGACCCCCUAGUGGUGUACAGGCCAGCGUCUACAGUUUGAUUAUUGUGCAGAAAUAGCUUUCAUAUAAAGAACGUAGUGACAAUAUCAACAAAAGCUGCAUGUCAUCAUUCAAAAUAAUAAAUUGUCUAUCCAUGUAUGAAA